ACCCGGUUCCACCGGUCAACCGACCGCGGGCCGGACCGUAUCCUACAUUAUGGUGAUGGUGCUGAAAACUCAAAAUCCCUUGGUUGUCCAAGCACCAUCCGAUCAGAAAUGGCGAGAGGACGGAGCGAGAGGGAGAAAACCUGAAAAGGAAAAAAAAGAAUAAUAAUAAAAAAAAAACCUCUCCUUCUCCGAUCGCCUGUCCUCUCCCUUCCUUCCUCCCUCCCUUCCUCGAUCUCUGCCAAACCGUAAAUAAUUCUCCCGACGAUCCGCCUCUUUGAUGCGACGAUUGAAUGCCCGUUCUCCGGAAAUAGAUCAUCUGCCAUCCAUGGAUUCAUCAAAACCCCAGACUCGCGCCAUCUCCUCCCAUCGGCUCAGCUUCUCAAAUCCCAAGUCCGGCCGUGGAAAUAUCUGGAUCUUCGUUGCGGCCGUCGUCGUCAUCCUUGCCGUUUUCUUCUAUCUCUCGGCCGUCACAAGGGGCUCCGGAAAGAAAGGGUAUGGGAUCGUGAUCGACGCUGGAAGUACCGGGACGCGGAUCCAUGUUUUCGAGUUCUCGAUGAGAAGAGGAUUGCCCGUUCUGAAGUUUGGCGAUGGGGGAUCAGCGACAAUGAAGGUGAAUCCCGGGCUGUCGGACUUCGUGGCGGAUCCCAGCGGCGCGGGGAGGUCGAUUUUGGAACUUUUGAAGUUUGGGAAGGGAAGGGUACCAAAGGAGUUUUGGGAAGAGACAGAGGUUCGUCUUCUGGCGACUGCAGGAUUGCGGAGGCUCGGCGUGGAAAUUCAGGAGAGGAUAUUGGAUUCGUGCAGGCGGGUUCUUAGGUCGUCUGGUUUCAGGUUCCGGGAUGAUUGGGCUUCCGUCAUUACGGGCUCUGAUGAAGGUAUUUAUGCUUGGGUUGCGGCAAACUAUGCCCUUGGUACUCUAGGAGGUGAUCCUCAGCAAACAACUGGGAUAGUUGAACUUGGUGGGGCUUCUGCUCAGGUAACAUUUGUUUCAAGUGAGCCGCUGCCCCCUGAGUACUCUCAUACUCUUAAAUUCGGGGAAUUUUCAUAUAAGCUCUACAGUCACAGCUUGCUUCAUUUGGGUCAGAAUGUCGCAUAUGAAUCGCUGCGCGAACUUCUCAUUUCAGGAGACAUGAAAUUUGCUGCAGAAUCUGUUCUGGAGGGAACAUUUAUAGAUCCUUGUACACCCAGAGGAUAUUCACAUGAUAUGGAAUCAUUGAAUCUUCCUGGUGAUUCUAGCGCUAGAAGUGAACGUCUUCCAUCCAUGAAUGCAAGGGGUAACUUCUCAGAGUGUAGAUCUGCUGCCUUGAAGCUGUUACAGAAAGGAAAAGAUGAAUGCUUGUAUCAGAACUGCCACAUAGGAUCAACUUUUGUACCUGAGUUGCAAGGAAAGUUAUUGGCCACGGAGAAUUUCUUCUAUACGUCAAAGUUCUUUGGGCUGGCUCCAACGGCACUUCUUUCUGAUCUUACCCUGGCUGGACAACAAUUUUGUGAAGAAGAUUGGGUGAACCUGAAAAAGAUAUAUCAUACUCUCAAUGAUGAAGAUUUGAUGCGGUAUUGCUUCUCUUCGGCAUAUAUUGUGGCCUUGCUGCAUGAUAGUCUUGGAAUUGCUUUGAAUGAUGAAAGCAGGAUAGCAUUUGCAAAUCAGGUGGGUGACAUCCCACUUGAUUGGGCAGUGGGAGCUUUCAUCAUGCAGAGCGCAGCUGAUUCCGGUGUCGAACACCCUGAUUGGGUUGCUGGUAUUGUUGGGGAUGAUUCAUCUGCGCUGCUGUCUCUUUUCAUUGUUUCUGUGGUAUUGGUUUCCAUUGCGUGGUCUGUAUCGAGGUGGCAGAAACCCCAGUUGAAGACUAUAUAUGAUCUAGAGAAAGGGCGUUACAUUGUUACGCGUGUCAAUAGAUGAUUGUUGCUUUUUCAUGCCAACAUGUAGCUUCUCACAAUUCCUCUUCUUUUUGUUCUUCUUCGUUUUUUAAUGUAAUCCUCUCCCUGGGAAUGCAUCCCUUUAUGCAUUUCAUGGAUUCCUGA